CAUUUUCUUCAUGUACAAUAUAUGAACUGUUUACGCGUUGUGUUUUCCUCAUAGCUCUGUAGUGACCUGACGGGCGUGUGUCUUCAAGGGGUAGGUAUACCGUACGAUACUGAUGUUGCUCUGUUGGCAAAGCUUUAUUGAUUAACCCGAAGCCACGUGCAAAUGAUAUCAUGGCUUCCUGUUACUUGAGCAAAUGGAAAACGUGCAACACCCUCGCUCAAUGCAACAUGCACAUGUUGACGUCUGCAGAAAGUUGUGACGUCGUGUUCCGGGUGGGCAAGGAGGAAAAGGUUGUGACAGCUCACCGCUACGUGCUCAUCAGCAGAAGCUGCGUCUUCAACGCCAUGUUUUGUGGCCCCCUAGCGGAGAAAGACGACAUUAGUAUUCCCGACGUAGGCAGUGAAGAUUUCGAGGCCUUCUUGAGAUACCUGUACACGGAUAUCCCCGACCUCACACCUGAAAAUGCGACAACAAUGUUAUACCUGGCCAAGAAAUACGCUGUGGGCGGUCUGGAGCGUUUAUCCCUGGACUUCCUGGAGAGUUCCCUGACUCCGGACAGCGCCUGUGACGUCCUGGAACAAGCACACGGAUUUGACGAGACGGACCUCCACGCGACGACGUUGGUGAUGAUGGCGAAGAAUGGAGAGGCAGUCCUCGAGUCUCCGGGACUUGACGACCUCUGCCAAUGCUGCUUCCAUAGUGUGGUCAGCGCCCUCUGUCGGCUGGUCAAGCCGGAGUCCAUGUUCAACGCAGCUGUCCGUUGGUCUGGGGCUGAGUGUGUCCGACAAGGACUUGACGUGACCCCCCAAAACCAGAGAAAGGCCAUCGGCUCAGGUUUUUUCAACAUUCUUUUUCCCGAUAUGGAUCCCUUGUUCUUUGUCAAGACUGUUGUACCCAGCAAACUGCUGACGAACGAAGAGCAUGUGAAAAUCCUCAGUUAUUUCCUUUGCCCCGUCGAAGAUGUGUCUCCUUUUAGCUCCCGACACACCAGGGAAGACCGUGCACUGUUGGAACGUGUGACAUACUUCGAGACAUUUGUCGUGCCCGUAUGUUGUGACCAGAAGAAGUUCGGGGAAUCACCGAAAGGGGAGAUAACCGAUGAUAUGUUUGUGCGGUGCAGUCAGAAAGUGAUGUUUCAUGGAUUUAACAUAUUCGGGUCUGGUCGACAACACAUUUUUUGUCAUAACUAUCACAUAAAAGUAUACAAGAAUGUCAGUUGUCAUGGAAACUAUAGAAGACUCACUUUAGAAACUGACAUAUUGGCCAGUUCGCUUUCGGACGCAAACGGUAUAGCAAGCGCAAAUUUAGGAAGACCCGUGUUCCUCGAUGGCGGAGAAACAUAUCACAUUCUGGUGACCUUGAAAUCAGGUGACCUUCCACUCCACACAGGUGAAGGUCAGCGACUGAGUGUCGAGGCCGGACAGGUCAAGUUUUAUUUCGGAAAGCGAACCUCCCCCGCGAGACUCAUCUCAGGGAUAAUAAUCAGUGACGGGAGUCCAAAAGACGGAGGAUUAAAACUAACACGGAACGUGCGUCUGAAGGGAAAGUAGUCACAAGACAGCCCGUUUAUUUUACGAGUGCUUCCAGUGGUAUUCAUGUCGCUCAAUCUGUAGACCACGUCAAGGAAUUUAACUGCACAAGGAAAAUCACACCCUGGAGUUGGAGCAGAGCUCCGUUCCUCAAAGCCAUCGUAGCGCUACGAUUGUCAUAAGUCUAUGUUAAAGAAGGGCGGUGGGAUAGUCGAGUGGUUAAAGCGUUCGCUGGUCACACCGCAGGCCCGGGUUCGAUUCCCCACAUGGGUACAGUGUGUGAAGCCUUUUUCUGGUGUUCCCGGCGCAAUAUUACUUGAAAAUUACUUACAGCUACGUAAAAACCACUCACUCACUCACUCACUCACUCACUCACUCGUCAGUGAUUGACACACUCACUCUCACUCCCUCAUUCAUUCAUUAACAUUCACUCAAUCAUUCAUUUAAAGGUGAACUCAUCCAUUAACGCAGGCCCGGGUUCGAUUCCCUACAUGGGUACAAUGUGUGAAGCCCAUUUCUGAUGUCCCCGGCGCAAUAUGACUUGAAAAUUACUUACAGCUACGUAAAAACAACUUACUCACUCACUCACUCAUCCACUCAUCCACCCAUACGCUCUCACUCACUCACUCACUCACUCACUCUGUUAAAGUAUUGGAGUUAUGCUACUUUAGCUCUCGGGAACGGGGCCCUGUUUCGGAGACCUACUUAAAGACACUGACCGGGAUGUUCCGGGAUGUUCAUUGGUAUAGUAUGUGUAUCAUACAAUGAAAUUCAGUAUAUAUAAACAUGAUAAACACAUGUUCCAAUAUCAAUAGUU